AUGGCCAAUGAACAAUGUUCAAAUGAAUUAAGCUGUGACAAAACCUCGGAAAAACCGUAUCUUUUGGAUUCUUCAACUUUUUCAUCAGAAAAAAUGAAUAACUUUGGUGAAUUUCGUUUUGAUUCAAAUCGAAGUAUGAAUUCAUCCAUAAGAUUUAGCAACAACGAUUGUACUGUAGAAUGGCUAGAACCUUCUAUGGCAGUCUGGAUCCCAGUUGAGACAAAAGCAAAACUACAUUCAGGAAAAUGGUCAUUAGAGUUCGAUAUCGAAUGGAUGGGAACUCAUCAAAUUGGAGUUGGUUUCUUGUUAGAUUGGAAUAUUGGUUCUGAUUGGGGAUUUUUUGGUUAUUUAGGUUCCUCUAGUAGCGCAUGGUCGUAUGAUCCAUCGACUGGUGAUAUUGUUACUAAUACAGAAUCGAUUCAUGGUAAUCUACCGAAAUUUACUGGAAAUAGUGGAGUGAUUGGAUUAGAACUUGAUCUUCCAAAAAAUGAAAUUGGCAAAUUCACAUUUAUCGUUGAUGGUGUUCGAAUACCAACGAAACAACUGUCCAAUUCAGGCGCUGUAGCUAUACCAGCUGUUUGCCUUUUAUCGCGUGGGCAAAAAGUCACUAUUAGAAAUUUAGUACGAUUAAAUCAAGACUAA